GGGAGGGGGGGAGCCGCGGCCGCGGGGUGCCGAGGACUUUGCAACUUGCCCGGGAAGGUGGAGGGGCGAGAGGGGGAGGGGGACCACCGCACGACACCGAGCGGCCCGGGUUGGAGCGCCCAGCCCCGCAGCGGAUCAUGGUGCAGCAAGCGGAGAGCUUGGAAGCGGAGAGCAACCUGCCCCGGGAGGCUCUGGACACGGAGGAGGGCGAAUUCAUGGCUUGCAGCCCGGUGGCCCUGGACGAGAGCGACCCGGACUGGUGCAAGACGGCGUCGGGCCACAUCAAGCGGCCGAUGAACGCGUUCAUGGUGUGGUCCAAGAUCGAGCGCAGGAAGAUCAUGGAGCAGUCUCCAGACAUGCAUAACGCCGAGAUCUCCAAGAGGCUGGGCAAGCGGUGGAAAAUGCUGAAGGACAGCGAGAAGAUCCCGUUCAUCCGAGAGGCGGAGCGGCUGCGGCUCAAGCACAUGGCCGACUAUCCCGACUACAAGUACCGGCCCCGGAAAAAGCCCAAAAUGGACCCCUCGGCCAAGCCCAGCGCCAGCCAGAGCCCCGAGAAGAGCGCGGCGGGCGGCGGCGGCGGCGGCGGCGGGGGUGCGAGCGGCGGCGCGGGUGGCGCCAAGACCUCCAAGAGCUCCAACAAGAAAUGCGGCAAGCUCAAGGCCCCCGCCGCCCCCGCGGCCGCCGGCGCCAAGGCCGGCGCGGGCAAAGCGACUCAGGCGGGGGACUUCGGGGGCGCGGGCGAAGACUACGUGCUCGGCAGCCUGCGCGUGAGCGGCGCGGGCGGCGGCGGCCCCGGCAAGACGGUCAAGUGCGUGUUCCUGGACGAGGACGACGAGGAGGAUGAAGACGACGACGAGCUGCAGCUGCGAAUCAAGCAGGAGGCGGACGAGGACGACGAGGACCCGCCGCACCAGCAGCUCCUGCAGCCUCCGGGCCAGCAGCCGCCGCAGCUGCUGAGACGCUACAACGUCGCCAAAGUCCCCGCCAGCCCCACGCUGAGCAGCUCGGCCGAGUCCCCCGAGGGCGCGAGCCUGUACGACGAGGUUCGGGCCGGCGCCACCUCGGGCUCGGGGAACGGGAGCCGCCUCUACUACAGCUUCAAGAACAUCACCAAGCAGCAUCCGCCACCGCUCGCGCAGCCCGCGCUGUCGCCCGCGUCCUCGCGCUCCGUCUCCACCUCUUCGUCCUCCUCGUCCAGCAGCAGCAGCGGCGGCAGCAGCAGCAGCAGCAGCAGCAGCGGCAGCAGCAGCAGCAGCAGCAGCAGCAGCAGCAGCGGCGGCGAGGACGCCGACGACCUGAUGUUCGACCUGAGCUUGAAUUUCUCCCAAAGCGCACACAGCGCCAGCGAGCAGCAGCUGGGGGGCAGCGCGGCGGCCGGGAACCUGUCCCUUUCUCUGGUGGAUAAGGAUUUGGAUUCGUUCAGCGAGGGCAGCCUGGGCUCCCACUUCGAGUUCCCCGACUACUGCACGCCCGAGCUGAGCGAGAUGAUCGCAGGGGACUGGCUGGAGGCGAACUUCUCUGAUCUGGUGUUCACGUAUUGAGAAGGGGCGCCCUGCGUUCUCGCUCUUUCUCUCGGCGGGUGCAGAGCUGGGUUCUUUGGGAGGAAGUCGUGGCGAUCAUGAUGAUGAUGAUGAUGAUGAUGAUGAUGAUGAUGAUGGUGUUUGUUGAUGGUGGUGGUGGUAGGGUGGAGGGGAGAGAAGAAGAUGUUGAUAUGAUGUCGUGACACAAAGAAAUUGGAAAAGAUGAAAAUUUUGGUGGAGUUAAAAGUGAAAUGAGUAGUUUUUAAACAUUUUUUUUCCUGUCCUUUUUUUUUUUUUUUUGGUUUUGUUCCCCCUCCCCUCCCUUUCUUUAUCGUGUCUCAAGGUAGUUGCUUACCUAGUACGGAGUUGUGAUUUUUUUCCCCCAAAAAAUGUGUUUUUGUAAUUACCAUUUCUUUUUUUCCUGAAAUUCGUGAUUGCAACAAAGGCGGAGGGGAAGGGGCGGGGGAGGGGAGGGAGGACCCGCUCCGGAAGGCGCUGUUUGAAGCUUGUCUGUCUUUGAAGUCUGGAAGACGUCUGCAGAGAGGACCCUUUUGGCAGCACAACUGUUACGCUAGGGAGUUGAUUGGAGUUUUUUUGUUUGUUUGUUUGUUUUCUGUUUUAUUUUUCUUAAGAGAUCUUAAAGAACUGGUGUGUUUUUUUUAACGAACACAAAAACAAAAAGGGACCAUUACAACUUUUUUUUAUUAUUAUUUUUUGGAGGGAGAAAACUGAUGUCUUCUAUGCAUCCGAUUCUUAACAAAACUGCAGGGAGCUUGAAAAAAUGCAGACUGUACAAACGCUUACAAAAAAAAAACUGUGAACUGACUUAAGAUCAGAGUUUACUUUUCAGAUCAAAUUGUUUAUGGUUUUACAAAUGUGAUUUCUACUUGCCAACUUUUUUUUUGUAACUUGUUCCCUUAUACCUCCUUGAUUGAAUACCAGACAGCCUAGACCUCAGUACAAAAGGUAUUGAAACAUUUUUGAUACAUAACAGACCUCAGUCUUUUUUAAAAAUUAAUAUAUUUUCAGGCGUAUUUUUGUACAGUGAAAAGGGAACAUUCUUGCUGUGUUUUUUCAGUAAGACUUUCAGGCACUUCUUCCCUUUUGAUUUUUUUUCCUCUGUUUUUUAGCAUGCAAGUAUGUUGGUACGUUAUGUCCUGGUUUUAAAAGGAUUAAAAUUUUAAAAUAAUCCUUGCAUCUAAAGGCCUUGUGGUUUAAAAAAAAAAAAAGCAAACUUUUUUUUGUACAGCUAUAGUAGAGAUUUGUUCAAUAUUUGUAGGUAAAGAUUUAUUGAAAAUGGUGAUAUAGACCUCAGAGCUGUUAUCUUAGUUUAAAGAUUGUAUAUGUACUGUACUAUAGUAGGACUUUAUGUAUCUCAUACGCUGUGAUAUGUGGAUGGGGCCCCAGAUGGAAGGUUUGAAACUGGAUUCUCGAUUUUUAGCAAAAAAGAAAAGGCACAUAGUUUAAAAAGUUUCUCAUUUUGUGCAAUAUAAUCUAAAUAAAGUACAGACCAUCUGCAUAUUUUGUAGCAAAUGGUGGCAAAGCAGACUCAAUGCACUGUCGACAUCAUUGCCUGUUUUUUUUAAAAAAAAUUUUUUUUUGUGCUGGAAGUCUGUUUCUUGACAAUUUUUAAAUAAAUCAGCUGGAACUGAUAGAAGAAACUCUCAUCGCCAGUAGUCUCGAUGGAAGCCAAACUGGAGGUCCUGUUGGCGCAGAGCAUUCAGUGACCAGGCUGUUGUAAGCGCGGCUGGGAGGUGGCAGAAGAGAAUUCUCCAUGUAGAGGGUUAGGCUGGAAAGUGCUUCAUUGCCAGGCCAAUUUCUUUCCUCUUCAUUCCGUGGUUAUUGAAAAACCGAGGAGGAGAAUCCUGUCUUCCCUUUUCCUCUGCUCCCCUCCCCCUUUCCUUUCUCACCUCCAACUCCCGACCCCUCUCCCCACCCAAUCUGGUUGUCCGGCGAGUUGGCGCUGGGAGGGUGGGGUAGCUGGCCGGGGAGGGGCGGGCUCGCGUGAUCAGUGCCCCGCGCUCGCCUUUGGGGGCGCGGGACGGGCUCCUUUCUUCUCUUCUUGGCUGCGUGUCGUGGCGACAACCUUCCUCCGGAGCCGCGAGCGCUCCGGGCGCUCGGCUCCCCGUCGCUGCUGUCCCUUAGAGGGUGGAGCAGGCUUCGUUUUGUGAUUCAAACUCUUCCCACCACCAUCCUGCCCCCCUCCCCCCCACGCCCCUUUUGACGUAUCUUUUCUGCUUGUGCUUAGAGGUUAGACACAGCUUUGGAGUGCGACCACAGUUCUUGACUUGGAGAGGUGACGAGUGCCAGGGGAGUGGUUGUCCGCGUCCGGCUCUUCUCUUCUCCCCCCCCUCCUCCCCACGCCCCCUCCCCACCCCUCCCCUGGCUGGGGAGCUCCCCCAGGAUGGGCGAUGCAGGAAAGGCGGCGGGGCGCGGCCAGGGAGAGGCUGAGCGAACAGGCGGGAGACUGGCAGGUCGGCCCAAGGCGCGGCGGUUACUGUGUGACGGGAGUCGCAGUCACCUGGGGAUUUGUACGGGACGCGAGGGGUCAGGGGGAGUUAGGGCGGGGGGGAAGCCCACCUCCACGUGGGUCAGGAGGAGAUGAUCGCGGGGUCCAUCGAGGGUACCCGGGCCUCUCGGGACAAGCCCCUGCCGCCCCGCGCGCUCCAGGGUGCAAUCGGGGCCCGGGAGCGCCGGGAUGCCCACGCGGUUGCCUGGUGUCUCCCGGAGCCAGAGGGAAAGCUGCUAGGCUUUGGGGUGGGGUGGUGGAGGGGGAGGGGGGCCCAAAGAGGCUCCCGCCACACCCAGCGCCCUGAGCUCGAGCACUGGCUCCCCUGGCCCGCUGGCCGCCUCUGAGAAGGCGGUUGGGCUCCUUGAUUGUUUUCCAUCUGCCUCCUUGGGGCGCGGGCGCGACCCCAGCGCGCGCGCUCCCUGCUCGCUGGGGACCAUUUGCCUGACUCCUCCGCCCUCUUCUUCACGCGCACCCCUCCACCACCACCCCUUCUCUCCCCCCCGCCCCCCCAGAUCCGGCCUGAGCUUCCGAGCCCUCGCGAUCAGCCCUGGCUGGUGACCUCAGCGAGCCACGCUCACCCCUGGCUCGGGUCCCCCCCUUCCGUGCCUUCCGCCCCUCUUUUCUCCAGGGGGCCGCGCAGCGCCCGGCGCGCGGUUUUCAGCCUCGGUGUUCAGCCUCUCCGAAGUGCGGCGCUUGCAAUAGAGGAGACUUUUCUCUUGUCUGUUUGAAACUUGGUGCAAAUCAGCAUUACUGGUUUUUUUUUUUUUUUAACCUAUUGAAAUGAUUUCCUAAGGCUUGGCCUCCAGUUUUACUGAAAUUUGGCGAGACCUAACAGAGGUGUUCGCACACCACCAAGAGCUGCUAGGCCCAAGGCGCCCCAGUGCACCCUGGCUGCCUCCCCUUCCACUUUUGCGCUCAGAGCUCGGGCCUCCCCCAGCCUCGCGGUGGCUCCGGGCGAGCCUCCCCCACCCUCCGGAUGUGAAAUUAGCAAGCUUCUGCUGCAGAUCAGCAGAUUUUCUUUUCUGUGACUUUUUCCUUUCGGUGAACCAUCACAUUUCGGUAGUACACUUGGGAAAAGAGAGUCUGAUGGCGUUAAGGUCCUCAAUGUAGAACUGGAUUUCUCUGGAGUUGUUUACUUUUUUCCCCCCCAAAUGCUAAACUAAUGCAGUUACUGGUCGGACAUUUAUUUUAGCCACGGAUAAUUGAACCAGCGGUUUACAAUUGACAGUUCUCUCUGUGCUGGUGAUUUUACGUGGCUGCCCUUUGCUGCAAUUCUAAAUCUUGUUGAAAACACAAACCCCUUUACAAGACUGAGUCUAUGUAUUUUGAAAAUCUGAAAACUUUGCAUGUGCUCUAUGUUUUAAUCAUAGAUGAAUCUUGGACAUUUUCUGUGGUGAGGUAGAAACUUUACGUUAAGUAAAUUAGUGAUAUGUAAUAAAUUGGCCUCAGAAUGGAAACAGUCAUGACUAAGAGACAGAAAAAAAAAAAAGAAGCUUGGUAGACUUAAGUUUUUUGAGAGUACAAUAAGAGAAAUAGAGCUAAAUUAAAAGACCUGUUAGAACUCAGGACCGGCGCUUAAAUGCGCUUUCCACAAUAUUUAAGGCUGUUUUGAUGAAUGCAUUGUGAAGAUCAUUCUUAAUGAAUUCUUUAUUGAAUGUCUAAAACAUAAUAUAAUACACAAGGUAUUCUUGCCACUGGAUAGUCUUCAAUAAAAGUUGAAAUGCAUUUUUUUUGUCUCUUAAGUAAGUCUUAUUUUAACUAAGCAUUGACAGAAUAUUUUAAAAUGGAAAUAUGGGGGGUGGGGUGGGUGUGAGUGCAUUGCAGCCACUGGGUAUCCUGCUGUUUAUAACUAGUUCACAGACUUUGAUGAUGGCAUUUUGGUAAGAUUUACAUCUUUAAGAACUUGAACCAGCAUUCUCUUAUUAAUUCUUUAAACUGUGGAAAUAAUCUUCCAGUUCUUACACUCUGAGAUGCAUCCCUUUUAUUUUUUAAAAAAUAUGCUAAUAAAAGGCAGUGUAUUUAAACUGUGCUUUGCAAAUAUUAUGUAUGUUAUGAAUGACUACAGUCACAGGGCAAAUUAUUUGUAGAAUGGUUAUCCUUUAGCUAAGAAAAAAAAUCAUUUCAGCCCUUUUUGGGCAGAGAUGUUUCUUUUUUUAAUGUUAAUCAAGGGGAAGUGAUUUAAAUAUGCAUGCAUAUAGCAGUCAGGAUGAUUUAGUUGUUUUUUUCCAGAAAGAAAAAGACUCAAAAGGCAAGGCUUGUUUUUCUCUUUUCUGGGAGUUGAAACAAUAAUCACUUGAUAUUGGUACAGUACAAGAAAUUUACAUUUGUUUUACAGUUCAGGAUUUAAAUGACUUUUGCCCAAGGAUUCUGAGAAAUAAAGCAAAUAAGUUGCUCUAUUUUAAAGUAGUCAUUCAAUAUAAAUAUAUUAUAUCAAUCUUAACUUUUUUAUUCUCUGAUAUGAUUAAUAAUAUGUAUAUUCUUACUUUUUCUUCUAAUGAGCAUAUGUAUCCUUGUGGACACUUUGGAGAGAGGUUUUCUUGAACUCUCCCAUUUAUAGAAUCUUUAUACUCUUUUACUGCGUGGUCCCCUGCUUUUAACAGAUUUCUGAGGCAAAUAUAUUUGUGCUUUUUUCUUAUGUAGGAUGACCAGUGAAAUAGUUUACUGAGUUAUCGAUUUUAUCAGUAGAUAAAAAACUUUCUUUAUUACAGUUUCAGGGAAGAUUUUUUCAGGAUAUUUCUCAGUUACUCUAAGGGCCAAAUUUUAUAAAAUUUCCAUUAGGAAUGUCAGUUACAAAUACCCUUUGUAUAGCCUAGGCCUGUGAGGAUACCAAGACUGAGCCUUAUGUAUCCAAACAGGAAUUUACCAGUUCCCAAAGUAACCGUCUCCAUGUAACAAUGCUUGCACAUGCUUUUCUGACAUUUGGCUUAUUUUAAUUAUUUGGAUAUUUUCCUCCCUCAUUGUUCACUUAUUAGAUUUAUUCCACUCUCUCUCCUUUUAUUUGAUGAUCUGGCAAAUUCUGCCCUUUGUUCACAACUCAGUAUUUUUUGCCCUUUCUUUAGAGUCCACAUUUUCAAUCACAGUAAAGAUUAAACAAAAUGAAUUGAGCUCUCUUCCAUUUUACUUGCUACUGGCUUUUUUUUUCUUGAAUCCUAACAUAUCUUCAUUUUUUUCCAUUGUAGUUAUUUUUUAACACUACCUAUAUCAAUUAGCUGCCUAAUUAGUUUUAUCUAUUCCAUGUGGAUGCAGUGAGUUUAUAAGAGAAUUUCACAAACAAGUAGUUUUUUAGUGAACUUAAACAGAAUUUUAAAGGAGACCUAUUUUUAUACUCAAUAAAAGCACAAAAGUGCAGAAAGUAUAAAAUGGCUUACAAAGGGAAACAUACGUUCAUAAUGUUCCAUGUAUAAAAGUAAUAAUUUUAUUGGGUAGAGAUACUCUUAAAAGAUUCAAUACCUCUGCCAGUGCACAGAUAGGACUGUUUUAAAUGACUUGGGAACUUCUAUUGCCUGCAGUUGCAAGCAGAUGACUUUUCUGUAGAGAAAACAAACCACUAAAAGCAAUAUGAUCGAGUUGAGAUGUGGUUUCACAUGAGCAAUUGAUGAAACGACCUGGACAUGCAAAAUGGAGGCUCCCUUUUCAUUGUUUGAUCAAACUUCUUGUAUGUAGUCAAUAGACUUGGGUUUUCUCUGCUGUGAAAGUGACAAGAAUAAAGCAAUAUGACAAAAAAAAAGUUUGAAAAUGUGUAAAAAAUAUAUAUAUUUACGGUAGGGUCCUUAAAGUGACUUUGAUCCUUAAGUUGUUUUAUUAGACAUUUUACAGUCCCUCUUCAAAGAUAAAACAACUGGAAAUAACAUUGAUAUGCCAUAUAAAGAAUUUUGAUCAAAUAAGUAUUGGCAAAGGGCCCUCUAAACACAUUUUCUUCAUCCAACUUACGUUCAAAACACUAUGCCUCAUCCCUUGAAUCACAUAGGGAGAAACAUUCUAUGCCAUUAUACCAUUAAUUUCCCAUUUUGUCUACUUUUACUCUUGUACAUAUGUUGUGGGUUUAAGAGUCUUUUGCAUUUGUUCUGUGACACCUAUUUUUGAGUGGACUGUAUUAAGAUGGAGGCCUACUUUUCUGGUUUGGGACUCCUAGUGGCUAUGGCAUCCCGUAAGAUUUCAUGAUGGCCAUCAUGGCAACCACCUGAUGUUAGAGCAGUUUUUAGCAUGACACUGUUAGCAAGUAUGUAUUUUCCAAGGCCACAUGAAACUUAACCUUUGGUAGCCACUCCAGGUUUGGGAGCAGAAGAGCUGAAAAACCCUUUUGUUUAGAAGUCUGAGUGGUUUGUGGGGGGGACCGUUUUUUAGAGUUUGCAUGCCAGCGCAGGACCUAAUGCUGUGAGACAGAGGGGUAAAGCUAGCCUAGGCAGUGCGCUGGAGGGUGAAGUGUUUGAUAGCACUAGGGGGAAAAGAAAAUGCAUGGCAAAGUUUCGUCUUCUGUAGACUAUCUAGCAUGCAGAGUUUAGUGUGUUGAAACAGUGUAUGACAAUUGCUGUAUCAAAGUUGUAAAAUUAAGCAUUAUUUAUUGAAAACUAUGUAUUUUUUUGUAAAAACCUGAUCACAUAGAGAAUAUCAGUGGCUUGUGCUUGUGCUUCGGUCGAACCAGCUUCCUGACCCGCCCCCUUUGGUAUGAAGUGUUGAUGCUCAGGGUUGAAAAUAGUAUACCCCCAUGUCUCUUUUGCAAGAGCUUUCACAGAGGAAUACAUUUGUUCAAAAGACUCUAAUAAAAUUGUGUGAUCGAUCUGCACUUGUGGUUUUUAUGUGACUUUUUUCCAGUUUUGCAUUUGAUAACUACUGUUUAAUUCCUGAAGUAAUGUCCUUAAAAUUGAUGUCAAGGACAGGCUUGAAAAGUACUGGGGGUCAGUCUAGGGAAAAGUAGGCCCCACAGGAAUGCUGGGGCAGGUCUGAGCUGCUCAUAAUUGGAUUAAGCAUGGUAUUAAAGUCUCCAGAUGUUUAACUGGCCAAUAGAAUUUUUAAAAAAGUAAUAGACAAAGUAUAGAAGGGUAGAUGAACAUGUUUUGUCAUUAAUGUUUGAACUAGAAAAUGAAGGAAAAAUAUCAGGGCAGUAGCUGCUGUGGAAUUCAAUGCCAGCAAACUCCAUUUCUCUGUGUCUUUUUUUUUUCUAUAAACAAUUUACAGUGUAAAUGUAUUUUGACAUAGAAAUCAUUCUGUAUUGAGAUUCUUGAUAUAAAAUGCUUUUAUGGAA